CAAACGCAGCGAUUCAGGUAACAUCAUUAUCUAAGGUCAUAUAUGUAUUAUUUUCUGGUAGGUAACUGAUGCUCGAGCUUCCUUAGUCCUCGGAUUCUGGCAUUUGAUACCGACCCUCACUCCCUUUCCCCGCACGAGUCACCAGAGCUCACGCGUUCAACGCCCGACGGCCGACAUAGCCGAAGUUGCGAUCAAUAUCAUAAUGAGAAAGCGCGCGUUCCUGCCUUUCCGAUGGUUGAUGUGGACCUAACUGUUUUUUGCAUUGCGUCCUAAGUCAUCGCAUGUUUCCGUAAUCCACCCAUCUGUUUCAUUCCGUCUCCAACCCUUCCACAAUGUCCAACUUCCCUCCCACCGGCGCCGCCGUCAUCGCCCAAUCCCUCCACUCCCUUGGCAUCCGCACCGUCUUUGGCCUCGUGGGCGUCCCCAUCGGCGAGGUCGGUGAGGCAUGCAUGGCCGCGGGGAUCCGGUUCAUUGGCAUGCGCAACGAGCAAUCGGCCAGCUACGCAGCGUCGGUACAUGGGUAUCUGACGGGGGCGCCGGGCGUGUGUCUGGUCGUCGGCGGGCCGGGCGUCGUGCACGCGCUGGCGGGCGUGUCCAAUGCGUCAGAGAACAAUUGGCCGCUGCUGCUGUUGGCGGGGUCGAGUGAGCGGUAUCUGGUGGGGAAGGGGGCGUUUCAGGAGAUGGACCAUGUAGGGUUGCUGGGGGCGCGGGAGUUGGGGGUCAAGUUGGCAACGCGGCCCGGGUGCGUGGAGGAGAUUCCGGGGUGCGUACGGAACGCGUAUCGAGCGGCGUGGUAUGGUCGACCGGGAGUGGGGUUCGUGGAUCUGCCGGCGGAUUUGAUCCAGGAAAACCUGGAGGAGGAAGAGAUGGAGGCGCUGAAAAACAGGGUCGUUCCGGCGCCGCCGAGGAGCGAAGGCGAUUCCAGGAGGGUGAAGAGGGCGGCGGAGCUCUUGCGGGGAGCGAAUAACCCGCUCGUCAUAUUUGGGAAGGGGGCGGCGUAUGGAAGAGCCGAACUGGCCAUUCGUGAGCUCGUGGGGCGGACUGGUAUCCCCUUCCUUCCCAGCCCCAUGGGCAAAGGUGUGGUUCCCGACUCCCAUCCACUCAACAUCUCAUCGGCUCGAUCGGCAGCUCUGAAGAACGCAGAUGUAGUGCUGGUUCUCGGAGCGCGGUUGAACUGGAUGUUCGCAUUCGGCUCAGUACCGAAAUGGAGUCCUACCGCAAAAAUCAUUCAAGUCGACCUUGCUGCGGAAGAGGUAGGCCGAAAUCAAGGCGAUCCAGAGCUGAGCAUCCUAGGGGAUAUCAACCUGGUCGUUCCACAGCUGCUUGCUGAGCUACACAAUUUCAAAUACGCCGGGCAGUUCGUGAAACAGCUUGAGGCAUCGAAGCUGAAGAACGAGGCGCAAAUCCAGACGUUGGAAUCCAAAACCGGACUCCCGCUAUCAUACUUACAAGCCUACAAAGUCAUCCGGUCCACGAUCGACUCAUUAUCCCCGCCAGACGAGUCCCGCGUUGUCCUUGUCUCAGAAGGAAGCAACACGAUGGAUAUCAGCCGGACUGCGUUCCCCAUCCAGAGUCCUAGACAGCGGCUCGACGCGGGAUCGAACGGUACCAUGGGCGCCGGUCUCGGCUACGCCAUCGCGGCUCAUGAUGUCUACAAUGCCAACGUCUCCGCGUCGCAGCGAAAGAAGAUCGUGUGCCUCGAAGGCGACAGCGCGAUCGGGUUCAGCGCCAUGGAGAUCGAAACGAUGGCGCGGAACAAGAUGGACGUUCUGAUCUACGUGAUCAACAAUGGCGGGAUCUACUCGGGCGUGGCCGACUCUAGCGAGGAGUACGCGCAAAAGCAGGCCAGCACGUUGGAGGGGAAAUGGGAUCUGCUUGGCUCGCUGAGGAGCUCGAGCUUGACGUAUGCGGUGCGGUACGAGAAGCUAGCGGAGGCAUGCGGGGGACUCGGGUUCUUUGUCAACACGCCGGAGGAAUUGCGGGAGGCGACGGUCGCUGGGUUUAAGUCGGACAAGGUGGUGGUGAUCAACGUCAUCAUAGAGUCCGGGAAGGACGCGAUACCGAAUUUCGGAUGGAAUGCGGCACCGAAGCCAAAACGCAAGGCCAAAAUGUAAUCUUUAGCCGGGUACGUUAUUUACAAUGUGAUACGGGAGUGCGGUCAACUUGUCUCGGUACAGUCGCCAGCAGAAUUGGUUUCCAGUUUUGAUUUGUUCUCACGACGCGGUCCUCCUAACUAGAGAAUUUCCUACUUUGUCUUAGCGCAUUGCAGGGAUAACAAUGUAAAUCUGUAAUUAAUCCCACCUUCUAAACUACAUAAUCC